AGAGAAUGAAUUAUCACAUUGGUAGUGCAUUUACUGUGCAUUUUCAUACUGAUCCUACAUUUGUGUAUCAUCUAAGCACUUGCAUAUUACAAACAGGCAUGAGUCAGCAAGCAAGGAGGAAGUCUGUCCUGUAUGUCAGAAGACAUUUCCUCUUCAAAUACUCACUGUACAUGCUGCCAGUUGUGGGGAUCCUUGUUAUGCAGAGGCUGGUCAGAGUUUAGUGCUCAGCAACACUAACAGAACACUGUUGGAGGAAUUUGAUAAAAAAAGACGGGAAAUAGAUGACAGAACAGAAAGUCCAUGGAAUAUUAAUGUUGUGAGACGACUGUUUAUUUCAACAGCUGUUGAACAACUUGAAGAGGCUGAUGCUCAGGACUGGCAGAAAACUAUCAGAGUUCAUUUCAUUGGUGAAGAAGGGGUUGACGCAGGAGGACUGCUUAGAGAAUAUUUCACACUACUGUUUAAGGAGACAGAUGUAUUUGAAGGGAACACAUUUAGUUUGAAGCCAAAUCUGUUGGAAAAAAAAACAGUAUUGUCUUAUUGGGAAGGCUGUUGCAGUGGCGGUUCUCAACGGCCAUCCAGGCCCAAGGUGCCUAAACAGAUAUAUUGCUGCAUAUAUCUUAGAAGGGAGAGAGCCAGAUUUCAGAACUCUGGAGAAAGAUGAAAUUCAGCGAGAAGAUGUAAGAGCUGUGAUAAAGCAGAUUGAAGAUGCAACUCUAGAAAGUAUUGGUGAUGUGUUUAACGAGACUAUGUCAUUUCUGCAGGAAACUGGGUACAGCCAGGUCCUGACUUUUACCAACAAGAGUCAAGCUGUUUCUGCUCUGAAAGGACACUUUCUACUCUAUCGAUUUAUGGCACCUAUUAAUCAGUUCGUGGAAGGUCUCAAACUACACGAUGUUCUGAAACUCCUACAACAACAUACUGAGGAAGCUAUGAACUACUUUUGUGAAGAUUUAGACCCUAAGGCAGAUGAUGUUGUGUUGUUCUUUAAGCCUAGCUUCUCGUCUGUUGCUGAAGAAAAAUCCAUAGAAGAAGUGAUCAUUUACAAUUGGAAUAAAUUUCUCAAGAAAAUUGAAAAGGGCAAAGUAACUACACCAUGGGUAGAUUUACAUGUAGAAGAUGCAACCGAGCAAGAGGUCACUCUCAGUAUUGGUCACGCCUUGCAGGCGCUUCUGGGGUGUACGAGAAUCCCUUUGAACAUAGACUGCGGUUUAAUCGAAUUCGACCAUAUCUCCUGUCAUUUACCAAAGGUGAACACGUGCGCACCAUCGAUAACAUUUUCUCGAACAAGAGAUCUACAGAAUUACAGUUUAUUCGAGGAAACUAUGAUGAAUAUUAUUGUGUGUUCUUAUGGCUUUGGCUCAGCUUAAUUCGAUGGAUAUUUUAUGUCGUGAACAUCAAAUCAUAGAAAGAAAACGUUUAAACUGAAGAGACCACAUUUUUGGUCCAAUCCUAAUGAAAAUGGACCAGAAUAUUUUUCCCAUGAAAUAACUAGGUCAAACAUGUUAAUGUUUACUGUUUGGUGUGUUUCAAUAUUGUUUACUAUUGGUACUGUUAUGGUGUGUUUCUCUUGUGAGCGAACUAGGGCUAUCUUGGCCCUGUUGUUUUUAGAAUUACAGCCCUUUGUUUUACUGUAAAUAGAUAAUAUUGUUACUUUUUUAUUACUGGCUGUAUGGAAAAAUCAAGACCACUUCUCUGUGGUACAAUCAAUUUUUAUGCCCCCACUUUUUUGGGGAGAGGGCAUAUAGAUUUGCCCUUGUCCGUCCGUCAGUCCGUCCUUCCGAGAAUGUUGUGUCGUGCCUAGCUCCAAAAGUAUUUGACGUAGAGUCACAAAACUUUACAGGAAUGUUGGUCAGCAUGUGUAGUUGUGCACCUAUGGUUUCGCGUCCAGAUUCAUUCAGUCAUGUAGGAGUUAUGGCCCCUGACUUUGUAAAAAUUGGUAACUUUAGUGUUGUGUCGCGCCUAGCUUCAAAAGUAUUUGACGCAGAGUAACAAAACUUAACAGGAAUGUUAAUCAGCAUGUGAUAUAUGAGUUAUAUAUGAAAAAAUACUUCAGAAAUUAUCAGGUCAUAUUUCCUACACAGUUCUAUUAUAUUUACCUGAUGACCCAAAGUGAUAAGGGUCACCGGACUGUAACCUUGACCUACUUCCUUGUUUUUAGCUCACCUCAGGUGAGUUUUUGUGAUCGCUCUAUGUACGACGUGUGUCUGUCGUCUGUCAACAUUUAGCUUGUGUAUGCGAUAGAGGCUGUACUUUUAUGCCCCCAGCAUCUACUGAUGCUGGAGGCAUAUAGUGAUUGUCCUGUCCGUUCGUCCAUCCAUACGAGGUUAACCAAGUGGUACCAUUUCAUCUAGCAUCAAUACCCCUAACAAGAAUGACUUGAUACUAAUGCAGAUGUAACCUGUAAACAUUCCUCAUCUUCAGACAUCACCUGAACUCGACCUGGUUUCGGACUUAGAUUGCUUUGUACCGACAAGGAUUUCACCGGGGGCAUCAAGCGUUUAUUGAACGCAGCUCCUUGUUUCAGCUGAUCUUCAUGAAAUUUUGUCAGAAUGAUUACCUUGAUGAAAUCUAGGCCAAGUUUGAAAAUUGGUCAUUUGGGGUUAAAAACUAGGUCACUAGAUUAAAUCAGAAAAACCUUGUGUAUGUGACAGAGGCUGUAUUUUUCAAUUGAUUUUCAUGAAAUUUGGUCGGGAUGUUUGCCUUGAUGAAGUCUAGGCAGUUUGAAUAUGGGUCAUCUGGGGGUAAAAGACUAGGUCACUAGGUCAAAUCGGAGAAAAACCUUGUGUAUGCGAUAGAGGCUGUAUUUUUCAACUGAUUUUCAUGAAAUUUUGUAAGAAUAAUUACCUUGAUGAGAUCUAGGUCAAGUUCAAAAAUGGGUAAUACGGGGUCAAAAACUAGGUCACAAGGUCAAAUCAAUGAAAAACCUUGUGUAUGUGACAGAGGCUGUAUUUUCCAAUUGAUUUUCAUGAAAUUUGGUCGGGAUGAUUGCCUUGGUGAAGUCUAAGCAGUUUGAAUAUGGGUCAUCUGGGGUAAAAGACUAGGUCACUAGGUCAAAUCGGAGAAACCCCUUGUGUAUGCAAUAGAGGCAGUAUGUUUCAAGAGAUUUUCAUGAAAUUUAAUCAGAAUGAUUGUUUGAUGAAAUCUAGGUCGAGUUUGAAUAGCAUCGGAAUAGUAGUCAGAACGGUGACAGCUCAGGUACAUAUCCCUUUUAAGGCCUCAUUUUUGUGAGUUUGCUUACUAAAUAUGAAUUUAAUUAUGUCAAUUAUUCAGUAAGAGCUAGGCUUUAUUUUGAUGCCCCAAAGAUAGAUAAAAUUUGCAGAAAUAAAAAAGAUACAGGUAACCUCAUUUUCUAUCAGUUUAUUAUCAGAACCAGUAUCAGUUAAUCUGUAUUUGGUAGUACAUUUGUAUAUCUAUAUAGCAUAAAGAAUAAAAAUCAAUAUGAUGAAAGAUAAAAAAUAUAAUGUUGAAAAUCAUUUAAUUUUUUGCUGUUUAUAACUGCGUAAAAGGUCUAUAUUUAGAGUAACUAGCACUUCUCAUUAACAUGGCAGCCAUCUUGAAUAAAUGUUUUUUUGCUGUUUAUAACUGCAUAAAAGGUCAUUAUAUUUAGAGUAACUAGCACUUCUCAUUAACAUGGCAGCCAUCUUGAAUAAAUGUUUUUCCCCA